AUGCUGGAGACUGGGUACCGGAGCCGAAUUUCCCUUCACAGCCAAUACACUGAGUGUUCGACAAGCUAUCCUGCUUUAUGGGAGUGGGGCAUACGAGGAACUACGGGAAACGCAAUGUACGAGAGUAUACCAAUGUAUGGAUGUGGACCAAAAUUCUCCCCGAUGUCAUCUAGUCAGCGGGUAAAUCCAGAGCGGCGAACAGGACUGAGAUACUACGUGAUGAGAAUGUCCUCCGUGGAUCUGAUAGAUGGAGCGAGGGUGCGGAACACUGGCAUGAUUUGCAAGAGUCAAGCCCUCAAAAAAAACUUGGGCUUAGCAGGCUGUAAAGGAUCACAUCGCAUGUGGGAGGGAAUAUUUGCGUACGUGCUCGCGAAACUCCGCCCAGUACUCCACAGGUAUGGCGGCGGUGGCAGAUUCCAGCCGAUCCCCGUUGAUAGGGUUUCUGGUGCUACAGAAAUUCGGCCAACCCAACCAUGGAAUCCUGCGGCACGGAAGUUAGAUGCCAUGCAAUGAGAAGGUCUUCUACGAAUCUGGUAGACGGGGUGGGGGUCCAUAACAAAUGAUAAGAUAGCCAGCGGACUACGAUGAAUUUGAAGGAGUCAAUCCCCCAAGAGCCUCGAGCCAGUCGAGUACAAUUGGUCAGCGGCAUGGGACGCAUGUGUUUAGUGUCGAGCAGAGCACG